UGUUAUCAGACAAAGUUUGACACUGAGCCAUACAAGGUGAUAUUAAGCAGAUGACCAAAAGUGCAGGAGGAGGCCAUUUGGCCCAUCAUGCCUGUACUGGCUUUUUGAAAUCAGUCCCACUCACCUUCUCUUCCAAUAGCCCUGAUCUUUACAAAUGACUCAAAUCUAGAGCCCGUGGUGAAGACACCCAUCAGUUGUCCAGUGAUGGGUCAACAUAUUUCAAAUCAAACUCCAGCGGUCUUUAAUAAAUUGCCUGAUCGGAUGAUGAAACAUGCUGCCCUGGUGAGGGAAAGUGGCUUCCUGACUUAUGAGGAGUUUCUCGCCAGAGUGGCAGAACUUAAUGAAAUCACAGAAAGACUGACUGCUGGGCAAGAGAAAUGCUUAUUGUUUGAAGUACUGCCUGGAUCUGAUUCCUCUGCCCUUUGGAAAGUCAUUGUUAGGAUUGUUAGCUCAAAGAUUAACAAGACAACUGGAAAUAUCGAUGCCUCUAGGAUUCUAAAUCUCUAUCAAUUUACUCAGCUAUAUCGGGAAAUCACCAUGCAGGCAAAUGGGGUUCUUACCCAAAGCAGCAUCUGUGAAGGGACGACAGCUGAUGGAUCAUCCUGUCAGGCCAGUAUCUGGCUGGGCAAGAUUAAGGAGUUGACUGAUGAGGAAGAAUGUUGUAUCUGUAUGGAUGGCCGAGCUGAUCUCAUCCUGCCCUGCACUCACAGUUUCUGUCAGAAAUGUAUUGAUAAGUGGAGUGACCACAACCGCAAUUGUCCUAUUUGUCGACUGCAAGUGAAGGAAGCUGGCGACUCUUGGGUUGUGUCUGAUGCACCUACAGAAGAAGACAUAGCAAAUUACAUUCUCAAAAUGGCAGAUGAGGCUGGGCAGCCCCAUAAGCCCUAAGACUUACCAAGGGUCGUUCAUCCUCUGACUGAAGCAGACUGCUUAAAUCUGGCCUUUUACAAAAUAAGUUUUUUUUAACAAAUUUUAUGAGCAAUGAGGCCACUGUGCAUUGGAUCACUCUGAUUUCAUCCUUCCUGAUCGGUCAUGAGUUGAAGCAGACUGAAGCCCGAUUGAAAUUUUUGUUUGUGUUCUUGUAUACAUUAACCCAUGCAGAAAUUGAUGUUCUGUCAAGUUUGCAUUAUUUUCUUGUCUUCAGGACACCCCAUAGCUAUCACUACAAUCUGCACUAAGUGAAAACACUUGAUUUGACUGCUUGUGAGACUUCACGUGAAUUGAUGAGUGUUUGCCCUUUAAAAGCAGAACCUAUAAUCCAAUAUUUGUGCCUGAGCUGUUUGCUGCAUGGGAACUUUGGUUACCGGACCUAAAGAGAGGUUUGGUCUUAUUAUUUCCUAUUCUUUAUUGGUUUGUUGGUGAGAUUUAAGCAUUUGAUUUAUGUUUUUAAUUGCUUGAAAAAAUGUGAACAGUGUAGAUUGUAAGCUGGUGAUUUGAUAGUCUGUUCUUUUGUUAGGAUGCUCCUAGAUUUUCAGAAGUGUGCAUUGUCAAAUAAAUUUGUAUUUUGUAAAUAGUAAUUAAUGAGGAGUGAGAACACCGAGUGUGAUGAGAAUGACAUAAAUUAAGACUAUAGCUUGUAAAAAUAACCUGUUUUGAUUUAGAAUUUAAGGCCACAUCAAGGUCACGGUCUGUACCUCUUGCAACCAGCUUGUGUUUGCAACAAGAAAAUCUACUGAAUAUAAUUAUUUAAUAUGUAUUAUACUUUAAUUUCACAUUGUUGGAAAAAUAUGUCUAUGCCCUUCAUGCUUUGCUUGAGGGAAACUAUUAAAUUAAAAUAAGCAACUGUUCAAAUAUCUUUAAAUAAUCUGCUAAAUCAGCCUAAAUCGCUGACCACAUCUGUACUUGCUGUUCCAUUUUUCCAUCUCUUCAUCCUUCUAUAAUCAUCUCAUCCAUUUAAAAGAUUCCUUCUUUAUGUUAGGAGUUCCCCUUUACUUCCUCCCUAAAAAAACUUCUUUUUUUAAGACAAGAGUACUCUGAUUUUCACAACUAGAUGUGACAGCAGAAUAUGAAAACCUGUAUUUUUUUGAGAGCUCCAUGAAUGUGAAUCAUCUACUGUGUUAAGUAAAAUGAAAUAGUAAGCACUUUGAGUGAGUUGCUGAGUUACUAAGCUGGUGUAAUUGUGCAAUAUCAAGCAGACCUGUUGUGGCUAUAAAAUUUAUCAAUUCUAUUAACAUUUUAGAUUGUUACUCGCCUGUUUAUGGUAAGAAUUUUAUUUCCAAGCAAUAAGCAAAACUUAUCGCUUCAUUAUUCCAAUACCAAAAAAUGCAGUGCAACAAAUGAAAUGUUUCAACUAUUGCAUGCCUGAAGGGUUUCCGUAAUUCAUUUGGGACCUUCUCACUUGAGAUAUGUGCCCCUGGUUUGUACAAUCAACUCAUUCACCAUGAUUCAUUCACAGAUAUCCUCAGUUGGAAAUAGAAGAAUUUAGAUCCAUGGGAAAGUCGGUGUGGAGCCGUUGCACUCCACAUUAGCUUACCCCGCGGUCAUGACACAGAGGGUGAGCUAAAUAGGUGCAGUGUGGGACUACCGCCCCACACUGGGGAGGAAGCCUGCCCUUGGGAACUGCCAGCCAAUCAGAUUGGCCAGCAGCUCCAUCAGUCCCAGCAGCAUCAAGUGCGCAUUACUGGAUACUGCCGGGACUGCAACGAGGAAGAAGGAGGCCCAAUGGAUCACGGAGUCAGGUAGGGAGGAUUUGGAUAGGUUAGGUGGGGUGGAGGUGGUGGUGUGUUUAAUGGAUCAGGCGUGUAGGAAGAAAGAUGGGGGGGGUUUCCUAAUACCCCUCCUUCCCAUCCUUUGAAAAACGUUUUUAAAAAAGUAGCCUGCCCACUACCCCCUGCCCCCCACCCCCCCACCCGACUUCCUAUACCAAUCAUUUUAUGGCAUAUGCAGUGUAUUAUCAAAGUCAAUUGGCUUGUUAAUGAGCCUAAGUGACCCUUGAUUAUUUAUUUAAAUAUGGUGGGCUUGUAUUAUGGGCGUGAGAUUGGGGCUGGUUAGGAAGGUGGUGGGAUGGGCACCCACCCUAUUUGACAAGUGCCCCCCACCCCUGCCGAAAACAAACUUGCCUGGUGGGGACAUGUGUAAUGUAGCCGCAUGAAAAUCUUUAUGACCUUAACCAGAAUCCACAGGUUAGACAGACAAAAUUUGAAGGUUGUGCCUGUAUCAUUAAUACUUUAAUUACACAUUGAUGAGGUUUAUGACAUUAAGUAUUAAACUGUUGUUUUUUGAUUAUCUAAGCUGCUUGUUGAUGAAUAGAUGUACAGUGAUUUCCCUUGUUUUGCAGGAAGAAAUUGUAACACUUCCAUGUCAGAUAGCUCUGGAAAGUUCUCUAUUGGUGAUAUCAUUUUUUAAAAUUUGCUUUAACUGUUGAUUUAGUGGAAUAAAACAUUUUGUCCAUUAACUGAAUUAUUAUCUGUUCCUGAAGUAAUGUUCACUUCAUCAUUCUAUAAUCACUGACUUUAGCAAACCACAACUGUCCUGGUGAAUAUAAAUGACUAAGCCCAAGACUUCCACCAUAUGAAUAAUCGUCUAAACAGGACAUAAGAACAUAAGAAAUAGGAGCUGGAGUAGGCCGUUCAGCUCCUUAAACCUGCCCCAUCAUUCAAUAAGAUCAUGGCUGAUCUGCCCCAAGCCUCAACUCCUCUUCCAUGUCAGCUCCUCAUAUCCUUCAACCCCCCAUAUUUCAAAAAUCUACCUCCUCUUUAAAUACUUCCAUUGAUCUAGCUUCCACAACUCUCUGGGUAGAAAACUCCAGACAUUCACUACCCUCUGAGAGAAGAAAUUCCUUCGCAUCUCAGUUUUAAGUGAGUGUCUGUUAAAUGAGCACUGUUAAGAGGAUGUCUGUUUAUCUGUGACUGUUGUUGGUGGGCAGUGGGUGAAGACUUGCCUGUGUAAACGUGGUAUAAUUAAUAAAAAAAACUGCUCUCACCAUUAA